AUAUGCGGUAUGGCUGCAGAGGCGCCCCUUUUGGCGGUGAGUCAAGACUGUGCCUUAUAUUGCGGUCCGUUGCAGCAGCGCGCUUGCAAGCCCUGCGCUCUGCGGGGUCAAGGACUUGCAGGCAGAGAAGGCCGCCGGCCUUGGCACCCCGCCCGGGCAGCAGCAGCAGCGUGUGCGAUUUCAUUCGAGAUCGUCAUCUCCCCCGGUUCCGUGCAAGCACCGAGCGGGAGCUCCGAGAAAGUCGACGAGGAGCAUCUUCGCGCUAUGAUCGACGGGCUGGAAAUUGGCAGCGUAGCAGCAUCCACUCGCAAUCAUCAUCGCACAGCAAACAAACAUCCUUACCUACCCACGACCAUAACCCUGCCAGAAGUUUUGAAGUCGUCUGUCGCGCGCACCCCAUGAUCCGAGCAAACGGCUUUAUACAAAAGAGAUGACGCUCACCACAUUUGGCGUUGUGGCCAACGUCACUCCCACAAUCAUCAAGACCUUCUUCAGUCACUACUACAAGCAGGCAAAGAAGGACAAGCAGGACAGGCACACCGAGGCAAAGGACGAGUUCCUGUUUCACGAAGCUUUUGCUCUGGUCAAGCGAUUCAUCGAGGUGGCCACGCACGACACUGUCGAAUCCUUGCAGGUCUUUACCAACACACAUGUUCCAUCUCAGCCAUGGGCCACCUGCGUGCCCGUGCUGAUUCCCUUGUCGUCGUGCGAUCAAGCCGCCAAGGUGCUCAUCGAGUACUUUGGUCCAGAUGAUCUCAAAACCGUGGUCGGCGGCGAGAAGUGGUGGCAGGUUCGUGGGCUGAGCGGGGUAGAGGCCGAGUGGAUAGCACAGACCUCUGAUUGGAGGUCGGCAACGAAAGCCGAGAAACUUGCGAAGGAGGCAGAGGAGCGUAAAGCGCAUGAGGAUGCUCGACAUUCUCAGGCUUCAGCCUCGGCCAACGAUGCCAAGGCGGAUGGUCCCGCCGUGCGCAAAUUGGCGGCUGCUAGGCGCCAAGUGUCCAAGAGGCUCGACCCGAGACACGUGAGGGCAGACACGCAGAAGAAACGAUCCAGCAAACGCGAACAACAACAGCACAAACAGAAAGACUCCAAGCAAGCUCCAACGAUAGAGAUCGACGAGGAAGAAUUUGGAGAUGAGAAUUACGAAGAAUUUGACAGGCUCAAGCGCGUCAUGCUGUACAUCCAUGGGGGUGGCGGAUACUUUGGGAGUCUGAACACGCACCGCUUCUCGCUCGUGCGGUUUGCUCGCAAAUUUGGCGGCAGAGUCUUUGCGCCGAAUUACCGCAAGGCUCCAGGCUAUCCCUGGCCUUGUCCCCUCGUCGACGCUCUCGCUGCUUACUUCUAUCUCACCAAGCCUCCGUCCGAGGCGAAGCACAAGGCCGUGGAUCCAUCCAAUCUGGUGAUAGCUGGAGACAGCGCAGGAGGUAACCUUGCUCUUGCGCUACUUGCCGUGUUGCGGGAUAUGGAUCUGCCCCCGCCUGCAGGGGCCAUUCUGAUCUCGCCCUGGUGUGACAUGUCCCACAGUUUCGAGUCCAUCCUACAGAAUACAGACACCGACAUCAUUCCGCGCUAUGGCUUCAUCCACAAGCCCUCUACUCUUUGGCCAGUGCCUGCUAUACCCAAGGAGUCGACGCAGCAGAGUAGACCUACCACGCCAAAAGAAAGGCUGAUGAGUUACAUUGGCCAUUCGCACCGGUCGCCAGACCUCGAGGUACCUUCAGGAGUGUCCGAGGCAGGCCAGGCGGAGACAAGUGGGGCAGCGGCUAACGCGGCAGCGACCUCUUCGAACAGCAAAUCGGGCCCAAAGACUCAUGAGGAUCAAAAAGCAAAUUCAAAGCCAAGUGAAGACGACAUUGCUGUUCCCGCUCCUCCCAAGCACUUGAAGGCCGAGCCAAUGUACGUGCCACUCAGCCACGAUAAGAAUGGAGAAAAGGUCGAGCUGCGCUCGCAAGUGCAGCUGUACGCGACCAAUGAGCAGGUCUUUCAUCCACUCUGCUCGCCGGUUCUGCAAGGUUCUCUCGGCGGUCUACCGCCCCUUUACAUACUCGCGGGCGACGCGGAGGUGCUUCGUGACGAAAUCAUCUACCUCGCUCACCGAGCUGCGAAGCCUGCCGAAUAUCCCCUCAACGAUGGUCUGCUCGCUAAGAAUGCCCGCGCGCGCCAGAAUGCGGAAAAGUACAACAACAGCCCAACAAAGGUGCAUUUGCAAGUGUUCGACGAGCAGUGCCAUGUCUUGACACUGUUCGCGUUCACAACCUCUGCGCGAUACGCUUACAGAGCCAUUUGUUCGAUGGUCAAGCAUGUCACUGGCGCCCCGACGAACGCGAUCAACCCCUUUCCACGUCUGCAAGAAGCGUCGACAGGCGCGUCCGACGCUCCCAGCGAUCCUCCUGUGCACUCGACCGGACACAGCCACUCUGAGUUGGAUCCACAAAGCGGACGACGAUCGACGCCAUCCGAUGGCGGCUCUCCUUCACUCGCUCCUCCCUCCACGAUCACCACGAGCGCCUCAUCGCGCUCCUCCCGAAAUCUGGCUCCCCUGAACACCUCCGCUUCCCUUAAGAUGAGCGGCACUGACCAAGUAGGUUCCCCUGCUACAGCGACCCCUGUCUCCAGCGCAGCUCUCAACAAUGGUCAGAGCAGCGCCAAUGCGAACGCGCAAGCGCACGCGGCAGCGGCUUCUGGGUCGGAGGUGGUUGACGGACCGGUGCAAUCCAAGCAGGAACUGAAGCAGAAGCGCCGAAGGAAUGUAACGCUUGGCAGCACCAAUCAGUAUGAUGGUGCGGUCCCACUUCGGCGACCUGACCUGAUGUUCAUCCGCGAAAGAGUCGACGUCCGCGGACAGGUCCGAGCGCUCGAGGACGAAUCAGCCCUGCAGGCUCUGCGCAUGGACAAGAAUGAAAUUGGGAUCUUCAAAGCUGGUCCAGUGCGCAGAUACUUGGAUGGUCAGCGGCAGUGGGACAAGAAGUUCGAAAAGGAAGCUCGUCGGGUGGAGAAGAGGCGAGCGCGCAACGAAGCGAAAGCUGCCGAGAUGCUGCGAAGAGCGGCAAAAGCUGGACUGCUCGACCCGCCCGAGAAGGACGAAAACGGCGCGAUCAAGCCUAGAAGAGGUGUUGCUGAGCCGUAUGGCAAGCACGCAUCUUGGAAGACUUUGGCUCGAUUUGGACCCAUGGAUCUGGGCGACGAGACUCCACCUCCCAGCGCACUGGCCGGCAGACGGGAUACGGAGGACGCAUUGCAGCUCCUGCGCAUUUCUCUGAGGCUCAAGCACCACGAAGCGGGCAUGGGCAAGCGAGACUGGGCCAGGGAACACUUGACUCGCGCUCCUCGUCAGAGCGCUGCGGAAAGGCAGGUGGCUGGCGGCAAGAGGAGGCACGGCUUGACCAUGUGGAGCAGGCUAAUGGGCGCCGCUACUCGCGCUUCCACGACUGGCAAACAGGUCAACGUCGACUCGUACGGGCAAGAAUCGCAAUCGGCUCGAGAGGGAUGGGUCGACGCUUCUCCGGUCGUCACGCCAACAGUUGAACAGACUCGCUGAGAGCGCGCACCGAUUAGCUGCGUCAUGAUCCUCUCUGAUGAGAAUCUGCUCAUGUUUCAAUGAACACUUAUCCGCAUCCUCUAAUCUUCAAUACCCUUCUACCUGUGCCUUUUCAAUUUGCUUCCCUGCCCUACACCACUUGUACAUGACACCGAGAGGGGAAAUCGCAUGCAACGGUCUCUCGUAGAGUCAACUUCGACUCUUCUGUACUCUCCCAAGUCGCGCGACAUGUACCUCGGCAAUCUCUUGCGCUCAAGGGCAUCGUCGACAUCGCCAUUGCUGGAUUGAGUACUCACGACUGCAAGAGACGCAAUCCACAGGUGAAGACGGC